AUGAUCGUUUUUGCAAAGAAUUUACAACAGAUUCUUUCACUUUAUACAUUCUAUUUCUAUACGAUAUUGAUUACCUUUAUGAAUCAGUAUUUUCUGCCUAUCGAUGAGCUGACAAGCCUAUUUCGCCAGUAUGCCAGUGUCUCAAUCACCAUCUCCAUUCUACAUCGUGAUUUCGGUGAAGACGAUCCCUACGAGUUGGACAAUGGCUCUUUAGAUUUCGUAGGUCAAGAUAUUUUCGGUGAUUCCCAAAACAACAACAACAGCAUUCAUAUAAAUGAUAAUAUCAACUUUAGCAGUAUAACAAUGAUAAAUAAUAGCACCAAUACAUGUAAAUCAAAUAACAAUAAUAAUAACAACAAUAGCAACAACAAUAAUAAUAACAAUAACAAUAACAAUAAUGAUAGUAUAAUAACAAUAGGUAGUUAA